GAAGACGCCUGUACAACGCAUCGAAGAUAGCAAGAAGUCUUUCUUUUGCUUUUCUUCUCCCUCUUGUUUAUUUCCUCUCUCUCCAAAGCAGCCUUUGAAACCCUAGAACUCCUUGGAUUUCGAGCUCAGUUGAGCCAGGAAAGCCCCCAAUUUGUCGAAUUAGGCUCAGAUUCAUGACUUAGCUUUGCUAAUUUGGGACUGAUUUGUGUAUUAUCUGUUUGAGUUUGGCGCUUCUGCGGAUUUUCAUUUGAAAGCUCCCUGCCUUUUCGCUUUUACUGGUCUGGUUUCUGGAUCGGUUGGCUUUGGAAUUUGGCAGUUCCAAACAUGUCAUCUUUGAGCAGAGAAUUGGUAUUUCUCAUACUCCAGUUCCUUGAAGAAGAGAAAUUCAAGGAGUCUGUGCACAAACUCGAGAAGGAAUCGGGAUUUUUCUUCAAUAUGAAGUACUUUGAAGAGAAAGUUCAGGCUGGAGAAUGGGAAGAAGUUGAAAAAUAUUUAUCGGGAUUCACAAAAGUUGAUGAUAACAGAUAUUCAAUGAAGAUAUUCUUUGAAAUCAGGAAGCAAAAGUAUCUUGAAGCACUUGAUGGGCAAGACAAGGCAAAAGCUGUAGAAAUUUUGGUGAAUGAUUUAAAAGUAUUCUCUACAUUUAAUGAGGAAUUGUACAAAGAAAUCACUCAGCUUUUAACUCUUGGCAACUUCAGGGAAAAUGAGCAGCUGUCCAAAUAUGGUGAUACUAAAACAGCUCGCAGCAUAAUGUUGAUAGAGCUAAAAAAGCUCAUAGAAGCGAACCCUCUUUUCCGAGAUAAACUUGCCUUUCCUACAUUGAAGCCUUCAAGAUUGAGGACGCUGAUUAAUCAAAGUUUAAACUGGCAGCACCAGUUAUGCAAGAACCCAAGACCAAAUCCAGAUAUUAAGACUCUAUUCACAGAUCAUUCUUGUACACCUCCAAAUGGUCCCCUAGCUCCUGCACCUGUCAACCUUCCAGUUGCUGCUGUUGCAAAGCCUUCUGCUUAUACAUCUCUUGGGGCGCAUGGACCCUUUCCACCCACUGCAGCAGCAGCUAAUGCUGGUGCACUUGCUGGUUGGAUGGCAAAUGCUUCUGCAUCUUCAUCUGUUCAAGCAGCUGUUGUCGCAGCAUCGUCAAUACCUGUUCCUCAAAAUCAAGUUUCAGUCUUGAAAAGGCCAAGAACGCCACCUACAGCUCCUGGCAUUGUUGAUUAUCAAAGUCCUGAUCAUGAACAAUUAAUGAAACGUCUGCGGCCUGCCCAAUCUAUUGAGGAGGUCACAUAUCCGACAUCUCGGCAGCAGGCAUCUUGGUCUCUCGAUGACCUGCCGAGGACUGUAGCUUUAACCAUGCAUCAAGGUUCAGCUGUUACAAGCAUGGAUUUCCAUCCUUCUCAUCAUACAUUGCUUCUUGUUGGUUCUGCCAAUGGUGAAGUUACACUGUGGGACCUUGGGCUUCGGGAGAGGUUGGUUUCAAAGCCCUUCAAAGUUUGGGAAAUGACAGCCUGUUCGCUGCAAUUUCAGGCGUCCUUUGUCAAAGAUGCACCAAUUUCUGUCAACCGUGUAACAUGGAAUUCUGAUGGAAGUCUUGUGGGAGCUGCAUUUAAUAAGCAUUUGGUUCACCUGUAUGCUUAUAAUGGAUCAAAUGAUCUACGCUAGCAACUGUAAAUUGAUGCUCACGUUGGGGGUGUUAAUGACUUGGCUUUUGCUCAUCCAAACAAACAACUGUGUGUUGUAAACUGUGGAGAUGAUAAGCUAAUAAAGGUUUGGGAUUUAGGGGGACGGAAAUUAUUUAAUUUUGAAGGUCAUGAGGCUCCAGUUUAUUCUAUAUGUCCUCACCAUAAAGAAAGCAUUCAGUUUAUAUUCGCAACUGCUAUUGAUGGAAAGAUAAAGGCCUGGCUAUAUGAUAAUGUGGGACCUAGAGUUGAUUAUGAUGCACCAGGCCGCUGGUGCACUACAAUGCUUUACAGUGCUGAUUCUUUCAGAUUAUUCUCUUGUGGAACAAGUAAAGAGGGGGAUUCUUUCCUAGUUGAAUGGAACGAAAGUGAAGGAGCGAUAAAGAGGCACUAUGUUGGGUUCAGAAAGAAAUCAACUGCAGGUGUAGUGCAGUUUGACACCACACAAAACCACUUUUUGGCUGCAGGUGAAGAUAGCCAGAUAAAGUUUUGGGAUAUGGAUAAUACCAAUGUUCUCACAAGCACAGAUGCGGAUGGUGGACUGCCGAGUCUUCCUCGCUUGAGAUUCAAUAAGGAAGGAAAUCUACUUGCUGUUACUACAGCAGACAAUGGUUUUAAGAUACUAGCAAAUACUGCUGGUCUAAGAUCAUUGAGAGCAGUAGAAACUCCAGCUUUUGAAGGAUUGAGGUCACCUAUUGAAUCAGCUGCAAUCAAGGUUUCUGGCGCUUCUGGUGUUACAAAUGUCACGCCAGUCAAUUUGAAAGUGGAAAGAAGCUCUCCUGUUAGGCCUUCUCCAAUUCUUAAUGGAGUUGAUUCCAUGAAUAGAAACAUGGAAAAGCCCAGAGCUGUGGAUGAUGUAAUUGAUAAAACAAAGCCAUGGCAGUUGGCUGAAAUUUUGGAUUCUGGCGAGUGCCGAUUAGUUACCUUGCCUGACAGCAGAGAUACUUCCAGCAAGGUUGUUCGACUUCUGUACACAAAUUCUGGUGUUGGCAUUUUGGCACUUGGGUCAAAUGGUAUUCAGAAGCUCUGGAAGUGGACACGCAACGACCAGAAUCCAACAGGAAAGGCCACUGCUAGUGCUGUUCCGCAGCAUUGGCAACCAAACAGUGGUCUUCUUAUGGCCAAUGAUGUGGCAGGCGUUAACCUUGAAGAAGCAGUCCCAUGCAUAGCACUUUCAAAGAAUGACUCAUAUGUAAUGUCUGCUGCUGGAGGAAAGGUUUCACUGUUUAACAUGAUGACGUUCAAGGUAAUGACAACAUUCAUGUCUCCUCCUCCUGCUUCAACUUUCCUAGCAUUCCAUCCUCAGGAUAAUAAUAUAAUUGCCAUCGGAAUGGAGGAUUCAGCUAUCCACAUUUAUAAUGUUAGAGUGGAUGAGGUGAAAUCAAAAUUGAGGGGUCAUCAGAAGAGAAUAACUGGUUUAGCUUUUUCCACCAAUCUUAAUAUCUUGGUUUCUUCAGGCGCUGAUGCUCAACUUUGUGUAUGGAGUAUUGAUACAUGGGAGAAAAGGAAAUCAGUUGCAAUUCAAAUUCCAGUAGGGAAGGCACCUGUUGGGGAAACCCGAGUACAGUUCCACUCUGAUCAGACCCGAUUAUUGGUAGUUCAUGAGACCCAAUUGGCAAUAUAUGAUGCAUCAAAGAUGGAACGUGUCCGACAGUGGUUACCACAGGAUACAUUGUCUGCACCCCUAUCUUAUGCGGCGUACUCUUGCAACAGCCAAUUAAUUUACGCUACCUUUUGUGAUGGUAACAUUGGAGUGUUUGAUGCUGAUAGCCUGAGACUAAGGUGCCGUAUUGCUUCAUCAGCAUACUUAUCUCAGGCGGUCCUGAAUGGAAGUCAAUCAGUCUACCCUCUCGUCGUUGCUGCACAUCCGCAAGAACCCAACCAAUUAUCAAUAGGGUUGACGGAUGGAUCAGUGAAGGUGAUGGAACCCACAGAAUCGGAAGGAAAAUGGGGAACAACUCCACCUGUAGAUAAUGGUGUGCUAAAUGGGAGGACGACAUCAUCAUCCACUACAAGCAACCACACGCCGGAUCAGUUACAGAGAUGAAAUCCCUUGUACUCUACAUAGGUUGCAUUGUAAUUUCCCAACAUAGAAUUUAGGUUCCUAGUCUCCAUAUGCCCCUUAUCAAAGGUAAGAUAGGACAUUAAUGAUUAGAGUUGUUCAUUCUUGUAUAUUAAUGUGUAGUUAGAAGUAGUUAUUGAUUUUUUUCCCUACUCCCCUAGUGAUAUAUACUCUUUGAAACAGUUACUGUAUUGAUAAUUUGUUUUACCCUUUAAAUAAGCUCAAUUGUGAUUGUGAUUC